CCUGCCCCAGCAUGGCUUUCCCCGCAGCGCUAGCCGAGAUGCCCAGACAGUUUCCAAAGCUGAACAUCUCUGAGGUUGAUGAGCAUGUGCGACUUCUAGCAGAGAAGGUAUUUGCUAAAGUUCUCCGAGAAGAAGACAGCAAAGAUGCCUUGUCACUAUUCACUGUGCCUGAAGACUGCCCUAUUGGGCAGAAAGAGGCCAAGGAAAGGGAACUGCAGAAGGAACUGGCAGAACAACAGUCCGUGGAAACAGCUAAAAGGAAGAAAAGUUUCAAGAUGAUUCGAUCCCAGUCUCUGUCAUUACAAAUUCCAUCUCAGGAAUGGAAAGCACCAUCGACCAAUCCUGUUCUGUCUCCUGCAACACCAGUUCUUCCAAGUGCUUUUCUGCCAGUCCAAGUGCCAUAUGAUGUACCAGAGUUUCAGAGAGUUUCAAUUAGUGGGGACUACUGUGCAGGGGUUACAGUUGAUGAUUAUGAACAAGCUGCCAAGAGCCUCGUGAAAGCUCUUCUUAUUCGAGAAAAAUAUUCACGUCUUGCCUACCAUCGCUUCCCAAGAACAACAUCUCAGUAUUUGUGUAGCAUGCAAGAUGAAAAAUGGAAGGUUGAAGAUGAAGUGUAUCCAGAUUUCUAUUCACCCCCAGAAGAAAAUGAAGAUCCUUACAAUCUUGAUGAUGCUCCAGACAAUUUGGAUUAUGUUAUCAAGAUAAAAGGUGGCAUUCCCUUUGUUUAUGAUAACAAAGAAAUGAUGGAACUCAAUGAGCCUCGGAGUCUGCCAUAUCCUGACCUGCAGACCUAUACCCUUGACCUGAGCCACGUUCUUGCUCUAAUUGCAGAUGGUCCAACAAAAACAUAUUGUCAUCGGAGGCUUAACUUUUUAGAAUCUAAAUUUAGUUUACAUGAGAUGUUAAAUGAAAUGUCGGAAUUUAAAGAACUAAAGAGUAAUCCCCAUCGAGACUUUUAUAAUGUGAGAAAGGUUGAUACUCAUAUCCAUGCUGCUGCUUGCAUGAACCAGAAACACUUACUGAGGUUUAUUAAGCACACGUAUCAAACGGAGCCCGACAGGAUUGUUGCAGAGAAAAAAGGCAAGAAGAUGACUUUAAAGCAAGUCUUCGAAAGCCUUCACAUGGACCCUUAUGACCUCACUGUAGACUCUUUAGAUGUCCAUGCAGGUCGUCAAACAUUUCAUCGAUUUGACAAAUUCAAUUCCAAGUACAAUCCUGUUGGUGCCAGUGAGCUGAGGGACUUGUAUUUGAAAACUGAGAACUACAUUGGUGGUGAAUAUUUUGCUCGUAUGGUCAAGGAAGUAGCCCGUGAACUAGAAGAAAGUAAGUACCAGUAUACAGAACCCCGCUUAUCCAUUUAUGGACGGUCUCCAGAUGAAUGGCUGAACUUGGCAAAAUGGUUCAUUAAGCAUAAAGUUUAUUCCCCUAAUAUGCGCUGGAUAAUUCAGGUUCCCAGAAUCUAUGACAUAUUCAGGUCAAAAAAUAUUCUGCCUAGUUUUGGGAAGAUGUUGGAGAACAUCUUUGUACCUUUGUUUGAAGCAACAAUUAAUCCCAAAGACCACAAAGAAUUGCACCUUUUCCUCAAAUAUGUGACUGGCUUUGACAGUGUUGAUGAUGAAUCCAAACAUAGUGGCCAUAUGUUCUCUGACAAAAGCCUGAACCCUGACCUCUGGACCAGUGAGAAGAAUCCCCCAUACAGCUAUUAUUUGUAUUACAUGUAUGUGAACAUCAUGUUGCUGAACAACCUUAGGAGGGAAAGAGGCAUGUGUACUUUUCUGUUUCGACCUCACUGUGGAGAAGCUGGGUCUAUCACACACCUUGUAUCAGCCUUUCUGACAGCAGACAACAUUUCUCACGGAUUGCUCUUGAAGAAGAGUCCUGUCCUCCAGUAUCUUUAUUAUCUUGCACAAAUACCCAUUGCUAUGUCUCCACUUAGUAACAACAGCCUAUUCCUGGAGUACUCAAAAAAUCCACUACGGGAAUUUCUACAUAAGGGACUUCACGUGUCUCUCUCCACAGAUGAUCCUAUGCAGUUUCAUUAUACAAAGGAAGCUCUCAUGGAAGAAUAUGCUAUUGCAGCCCAGGUGUGGAAACUAAGUACCUGUGACUUGUGUGAAAUAGCAAGAAACAGCGUACUACAGAGUGGAUUGUCAGAUAAGGAAAAACAGAAGUUCUUAGGGGUGAAUUACUGUAAAGAAGGGCCUGAGGGAAAUGACAUUCGAAAGACAAAUGUUGCACAGAUCCGGAUGGCCUUCAGGUACGAGACACUGUGCAAUGAACUUAGUUUCCUGUCUGAUGCUAUGAGAACAGAAGAGAUUUCUACUCUGUCGAAGUAGUUACAAAUGCAAAGAAACCAGAACAUUUCACUUGGAAGCAGGGUAAGAUGCUAAUUAACAUUGAAUCAUUUGUAUUUGAUGCUACCAAGUCAUAAUUGAACAGUACAGAGAAAAAUAGAGUAUCUAUGGAAG